UAGAUCUCAGCUACGGGAAGCAUGAAAUUGUGCACUGUAUGUACGAAGUAUAAAUUUUGCUUGGGAUCUGCUUUAUAUUUUUCCGACUUGUGACGCAACGGCACGUAUGGAUUUUCCGCACUGGGGAAGCUGAGCAAAGAGAGCAUCUGACAAGUCCAGACGUACCAAAUUGGAAACGACCCCAUUAGCUGGAGUAAGUAUGAAGUUUUACUAAACUCCUCAGGGACUAAUAACAUUAGACCCCGAGACUUGGCUUCCAGAGAAGAUCAUUCUUUUCCCACUGACUUUUUUGUUUGAUCUUUCCUCCUUCUUUCAUAGUUAGACUUCUUCGCGAUAUCAAAAGCUUCAUCUUCCUCGGUUACUCCUCGAAAUAUCUUUCCCGAUUCUCAUUCUAAGCUCUCCAAAAGUAUAAUCUCUGUAGCCUUAACCAUAUCACAACUCACUUCUUUUGGGACAUACGAUUCGAGUUGCAAUAAUCAACUGAACAUUGGGAUCUAUCUGUAGCUAUGUCACAAACAAUCAUGAGCACCUCAGACGCCACCAUUCCGUCCACAACGAUGGAGACCCCUCCUCCGGAUAUCUCAAACUUGGAUCGGGUUGCGUAUCUGUUUGGGUACCCCAUUGCUCACUCCCUUUCUCCUCUUUGUGAGUUUUGCAUUUUGAGUCUUUCCAUUACAUCAUAACUUUCAUAUGUGUUCAUCAUCCAACAUACCUUCUAUGAGGACAGAUCCCCAGGCCCCGAUACCUUGCUGCGCUCGAGGAGAAUGCAUUCAUCAAUUACAGCCUCUGCUAGCCUUCAUCCACACACAGCUUCAAUAAUGACCUCUUCUCUAAAAGCUUUGGCUAACCGCAUCUUCACGCCAGUUCACGGCACAAUAUUCCAGUCUCUAUCACUCAAUUACCUCCAACAUUUAUAUGAAACUCGAACCCUCACAGAUUGCCUCGAGCUCACGAAAAACCCUAAAUUUCUCGGCGCUUCCGUAACCAUGCCCUUCAAAGUAGCCAUCAUCCCAUACCUCGACCAGCUUUCUCCCGAAGGUGCUGCCAUUGGCGCCAUAAAUACUAUUUACCACCGUAUAUCCCCAUCAGGUGAAAAGAUCCUAUGCGGAACGAACACCGAUUGUAUCGGAAUCCGCGAAGCUCUCCUUCAAAACGCAACACCUUCAACAAUAUCAAGUAUAAAAGGUUCAGCAGGCAUGAUUAUCGGAGGUGGGGGAACCUGUCGUGCAGCUGUCUAUGCAUUGAAGAAAUUCCUCGGUUGCGAAACCAUAUAUAUGGUCAAUCGGGAUAAAUCCGAAUGCGAUGCCGUGAUUGCAGAAUGCAGUAGCAAUGGAUUCGGAGAUGGAUUAUUAUAUAUCGAGUCAAUAGCACAAGCGAAAUCAUUAGCAGCACCCACGGUCAUCGUUUCCGCGAUUCCAGAUUUCACGCCAGUAUCCGAGGAUGAACAUAGAGCGCGAGGAAUCAUUACGGAAUUUUUGGAUAAAGAGGGUGGAAAGGGUGCGAUUUUGGAAAUGUGUUAUCAUCCUAGCCCGGAUACACAAAUAGCGGCAUUGGCUGCGGAAGCAGGAUGGCAGGUAGUGGGUGGUGUAGAGGCAAUGAUUAAUCAAGGACUAGAGCAAGAUAAGGUAUGGUUGGGUGUUGAGCUUGAGGAUUUACCGGUAAAGGAGGUGAGGGGUGUUGUUUUGGAGAAAUUAGCGAGUGAUAGGGCGAAGCAUGGGAGGUUAUAGCUCAGGGUUAAGGUUAAUUUUAGGUGAAGAAUUAGAGAUUGAGGCAAAUUAUAAUUAAAUACGACAAUGUCACGUAGCUAAAAGUACGGUGUGAAUCCAGGGUUAAAUUAGAACUGGUUUUAGGGGCUGUAUAUAUAGAAUCUAGAGCACUCAACAUUUGGA